AGCUUUUUCCUGGCAAUGAAACAUGUUUGAUAUUAUGUCAAUCAUGUGGUGUAGGAAAUGUUUGGUCUUAGUAUAAACUUCAGGUUCUAACUAUUACUUCCAUUUUCUUUCAGAAAGGGGAUGCUGGCAACUAGGAUCUGGGCAUUCCAGCAGAGAGAUCCAUUCUGCAGAACCUAAACUGAAACCAGAAGGAUUUUGCAAAACAUGACUUGUCUGGGAUUUUUGCACCUUCAGCAUUACCGGAUGUACCUUUCCUUGCGGCUUUGUUCUUCGCUGUAUCCAUACCGGUCCCCAGUCAGACACUUGAGUGCUCUUGUGAGGAGCAACCCUAUUAGAGCUGUGCCACCUAGAAGUGUGAUACACCAAAGGACUCUGUUGCUUUGGAAACACGGAUGGAUGCACUUACCCCGGAUGGUCUGCAGUGGCCAAAGCGUCAACACAGAGGGCAGGCAGAGCCAAGCUGCACAGGGGCAGAAAUCAUUGCCUGCCUUGUCCAAGGAAGAAACUGACUUAGAAGGAUUUGGAAAACGAGGCAAAGUCUACUCUUCCAGGAGACAUUUCCGUAAAAGCUCUUUGGAAUUGGAGGAUUCGAGCUAUAGUGACACGGAGGAUCAGAACAAGGAGGAUAUUAAAAGUCCUAAAGUGAGAUGGAAGCCAAGCAGAAGGAACACUACAUACUGGUACUUUCUGCAGUGCAAAACACUCAUCAAGGAAAAUAAGUUGGCUGAAGCUCUGGACAUGUUUGAGACUCGAAUGGUGAAGGAAGAGCGGCUGCUUCCAGAGGAGUACAAUUACACAGUGCUGAUAGGGGGUUGUGGACGAGUGGGUUACUUGAAAAAAGCCUUUCAACUGUACAACGAUAUGAAGAAGAGAGCUGUGAUUCCUUCUGAUGCCACCUAUACUGCUCUAUUCAAUGCUUGUGCAGAAUCACCGUGGAAGGAGUCUGGCCUGCAGUUUGCCUCAAAACUCCGGGAAGAAUUAAGCAGCAAGAAUAUCCAUCUUAACCUGAUCACAUACCAUGCCAUGUUGAAGGCAUAUGCUGUCUGCUCUAAUCUAAAGGCUUGCUUCGAUGUGCUUCGGGAAAUAGUUCACAGUGGUCACAAAAUGAACGUGGAAACAUUCAGCACUUUAAUGAUUGGUUGCAUCAAGGACACUAAGAAUGGUUUUAGAUAUUCUUUACAGAUUUGGCGAGAGAUGUUAAAACUUGGUGUGCAGCCCGAUGCCAAGAGCUACAACCUGCUGCUGCGAGCCACAAGGGACUGUGGUAUUGGGAACCCAGCUGUGGCAUCACAGUUGCUGUUGGGUGAGGAAGGUGAAAUAUGGCAACUGAAGCAGCGACGCAGAGUUCAGAGGGUCAAAGGCCAAAGGGGGACAAAAAGCAGCAAGAAUGCAACCACUUUGGUGGUUGGUUUAUUGGAAGACCAGCUGUUUGGAUUGACUUCUGACCAACCAACUAGCUGCAGACUCUCUGAACUAGGAGCCAACCACAAUAAUGAAACUUUAUCAAACCUAACUGAAGCAUCAAAUCUACCAUCCAGUGAUGGGCAAGAGAAAGAACUAGUGUCACAAGGAGCACACUCUUUGGAACUAAUUCCCAGAAAUCAAAUAUUUCCAGUUGAUUCUGACUCUGGUAAGCUUCCUCAAAAUGCUUAUCUACCAAAUCUACUCGAUAUCCAGAUUAACAAGAAGAACCUCAUUUCUUUGGGAACAGUAGCUACGCCGCCUGACAGACUAGCGCUGAUUGGAUACCUGAGUGGUUUUCUAAAUAAAAUGAAGGAAGAUGGAGUGGUACCAGAUAUUAAAACGUUCACACUGUUGGCUGAAGUAGUGGAACCAAAUAGCCAAUCCGAGUCCUCUUUGCUGGUGCUCAUGGAUGAGCAUGGUGUGAAGCCAGACAUUUCAUUUUUUAACACCUUCAUUAGAAAGAAGAGCAGGCUGGGUGACCUGGAGGGUGCUAAGGCGCUGCUACCAGUGCUAGUUGAACGAGGUUUAUCACCAACCAUGCACACCUUCUGUAACCUGGCAAUAGCCUGCAGAAAAGAGAGUGAUGGACUGAAGCUUCUCCAUGACAUUAAGAUGUCUGGAGUAACCCCCAAUGUGAACGUGUAUAGCACCCUGAUCAACAAUGCAGCAAAGCAGCUGGACUACGUAUAUCUCACAAAUAUCCUACAAAAUAUGGCAAGAAAUCAAGUACAGCCCAACGAGGUUGUCCUUAGGCAGUUGGAAUUUGCUGUCAAGUAUCCUCCAAAAUUUGACAAGUACAAGUCAAAAAAUACCUAUUUGGAAAAGAUUGACGGCUUUCGUGGGUAUUACUAUCGCUGGUUAAACUUUAUGCCUGCAGCAGAGACACCACAUCCGUGGGAGAAGUACAGAAUUAAGAGUCAUGUCUCAGCAAGAGAAUAAGCACAAACAUCAGAACUGGGGAAACAGCAUAAAAUUGAAGAUUGAUACCAUAACUGAACCUUGCAAUGUCAACAUUCAGCCCUUCAUUUCCACUGAAUUCAUUCACUGCUGCAGACUUGGCCUAUUGUAGUCCUGAAUGUUGAUGGAACUUGCACCAAUCGUUACAAUAGAAGUAUAUAGAGAGAAGUAAAUUCUGUAAAUUUGUUCAAGUAACUUAUUGACUCCAUUUACUCUAUUUGUGCUAUGGAAUAAAGAUAUCCUACAUCA